GCGGCGCGGCACAGGCAAAUGUGAGCGCAGCCGAGCCAGAGUGGUCACGGCAUCAGCUGAGAAGAGAUGGCCUCAGCGAGUCCUCCUGUGGCCUCCACACAGCCCACCUUGCCCUCCGGACCUGCUGUCUUCAAAACGGUCCCCUACGCCUUCAUCCUACCAGAGAUACUCUGCGGGACCUGGGUGUGGAUCCUCAUCGCUGCUACCUCCGUCUCCUUCCCGCUGCUGCAGGGAUGGGUGAUGUACGUGUCCCUCAGCUCCUGCCUCAUCUCCCUGCUGCUCCUUAUAAGCUACCUCUUCGGCUUUCACAAAAACAGCGAGAACUGGAAAGUGCUGGACAGUUUGUACCACGGUGCCACGGCCAUUCUGUACAUGAGCGCUGCUGUCUUGCAAGCCAAUGCAACCAUCCGCUCCGAGCUUGGCCCCAACUCGCCACUUUACUACCAGCUCAACAGCGCCGCAUCGGUGAGUCGGUCCAGAAAACCCCAGGCAGGCCGAAGCACCUGCAGUUCCCCUUGGGGAGAUGUAAGAGCAAAUAUUAAAGCCACAGCACAGCCACCCCAAGCCCAGCAGUGUCACACUGGUCAGAGCUUCAGCUCCUCAUCUCUUGCAUCGUGCAGCCAGCGUGGGCUUCUCCGGGUCCAGCAGCUCAUGGACAGCCUUGUGUGGCAGCCUCCUGGGAAACGUGGGGGGCUUUGCCUUUUCUUUGAGGCUGGAGAGAGCUCUAGGCUGGGAGGUUUCCCUAGGUCGAGAGCACUGAGAGGAGAUGGGGUUAGACUCUCCCAGCUGACCCCAGCUUUUGCUCUUCUUCCUCUCAUGCAGUUCUUCGCCUUCAUCACAACCUUCCUGUACAUCCUCCAUGCCUUCAGCAUCUACUACCAGUGAGCCUGGCAGUGCCAGCUUGCCUCUGCAGGAUCAGGGCUUUCCCAGCGCGAGGGAUGCAGCUGUCUUACACCAUGGUGUCCCUGCCCCGGCCCUGUCACCCACCCUGUGGGGACGGCGGUUGCUUUUUCACUUCAUUGAAGGAGGGA